AUGCGCCUCUAUGGCUUCAUCACUAUUAUUCUUCUUGCUGCAACAGUGCUCGGCCUUUCAGCGUAUCUAGGAAGUAUCUUGCUACCGAACUACCAGCAUGAUUUCGGCAUUUUCGCCAUCUUUGUACCAUCAUUCACGAUAUUAAUAUUUCUGCUCAUUAUAACAUGGUCCUCGCCGCGUACCGAGGCUUUUUGCCUAUUUAUUCUCGGAGCUCUAUGGUUAGCAAUGGGAGCAUGGACGACAGACAUUACGGGCAACGUUCAGUGCGAUGCUCUCGGCAACCAGCGUACCUCCACGUCGAAAGGAACUAUGUCUGCUAAGUCCUAUUGCUAUGAGAUGAAGGUCAUCGAAGCUUUCUCGUGGAUGAUAUUCUGCCUAUAUGCUAUCUUCCUGUGGAUCCUGAUCUCCCUCACGACCCGUGCCCGGGUCCUUGGUCGCCCCUUUGCGUGGGCGGAGCCCAUCUUCGAGCUGCCGUGGUUCGGCGAGCUUCCCGGCUGGCCAGCAGGCGGAUACGGCAAUAUUCCCUUGGGCGGCUAUGGCUAUCCCAUGGCCCCGUACCCGCCGCAGAUGGUCAACGGCGGCUACGUCGUUCAGCAGAACCCUGGGCACUCGGUCGUGAUCCAACAAGGAGCGGGGCAGAUGCCGACGAUUACACAGAUACCCGGAGCGUAA